AUGGCGCACCGAAUUAUCGCUCAAAUCGUCUUAACAGGCGGCCGAGUGUUUGGAAGAGCUUUCGCAGAAGCAUAUAAACAAGCUCAAGCUUCAUCACAAUAUGCAAAAGCCGCUGCGAAGAGUGGCGGCCCUGGCGUCAUCAACACAUCCGCCUCCGGCAUGACUCUCGACGAAGCCUGCAGGAUCCUGAACGUAAAACCGCCUCAAGGCGGCACGACGAAUAUGGAAAGUGUUAUGGAACGAUUCAAGAAGUUAUACGAUCUAAAUGAACCCAAGAAGACCGGCGGCGGAUCAUUCUACCUACAGAGCAAGAUCCUGCGAGCAAGGGAACGAAUAGAAGCAGAAGCCCGGGCCGCCGAACGCAAAGCGCAAUUAGAGAAAGAGAUCAAAGAAGGUUGGAAGCCCAAAAUGUACAAAGACUGA